AAAUUUCGCCUCUGUUCCAGAAGGAGGAGAUGGCGAGCGCGAGCCGAGCAGGGAGACGCGGAAGAGUCUACGAACAAGCCGAACACAACGUAGGGGAAAAAUGGCGCCAAAGCGAAAGAAGAAGGAAGGAACUCCUCCCUCCGAUCCCGACGGCAUAUUCGCCGGGAUGGUCGUUUUCUUGGUCGAGUCCGGCGUCCAGCCUCGCCGUUUGCAGAUAUGGAAGCAGAAGCUCGCUCAAAUGGGGGCGACUAUAGCGGAGAAGCCGUCCAAAGGGGUCACCCACGUUCUCGCCAUCGACGCCGACAAGCUUCUGCGGCAACUCGGGGAGCAACAGCUGGAGCGUUUCAAAGGGAAAAUUCUUCUUUACCAGUGGCUAGAGGAGAGCUUGAGAUCAGGGGAAAAGGUCUCCGAGGAUUUAUAUGAUCUGAAAUUAGACUUAGAAAAAGAGAAGACACCAGAGACGCCUUUAGUUCCUAAACCAGCUGAUGGAAGUGUAAGUAUUGGCUAUGAAUCAUCAAAAGGUGGAAGUAUUAGGUCUCCUCCGCAGAAAAAUGCUGAAGAGAAUGACCUGUCUGAGGCAAUAAGUAGCCCCAGACUUUCUGAUGACUCAAGCCACUCUUUGAGCUCUGGUAAUACCAGCCCAGGCCUCUCUGACAUAACAUCCAAGGAUGGCGGGUUGCAGCAGUCUUCUUUGAUAUACAGGCCACCUGAUCUAAACAGGAAUGUGACUGAAAUUUUCGGGAAGCUCAUCAAUAUAUAUAGAGCACUUGGUGAUGAUCGGAGAUCAUUUAGCUAUUAUAAAGCUAUACCUGUUAUUGAGAAGUUGCCCUUUAAGAUUGAAAGCGGGGACCAGGUGAAAAACCUACCUUCAAUAGGGAAGGCAUUGCAAGAACAUAUUCAGGAGAUAGUGACUACUGGCAAGUUGUCUAAGUUGGAGCACUUUGAAACAGAUGAAAAGGUGCGGACAAUCAGUUUGUUUGGUGAAGUUUGGGGGAUUGGUCCAACAACUGCACUGAAGUUGUAUGAAAAAGGAUACCGUACACUUGAUGAGCUGAAGAAAGAGGAGUCAUUGACACAUGCUCAGAGGCUAGGUUUGAGAUACUUUGAUGAUAUAAAGCAGAGGAUUCCACGUGAUGAGGUUCAAGAGAUGGAGCAACUUCUUCAGAAAGCAGGUGAAGAUGUCUUGCCUGGGGUGAUUGUUGUGUGCGGAGGAUCCUAUAGACGUGGGAAAGCUUCUUGUGGCGACUUGGAUGUUGUGAUUACUCAUCCAGAUGGAAAGAGUCACAGAGGUUUUCUAAAGAAGUACGUGAAGCAUUUAAAGGAUAUGGGGUUUCUUAGAGAGGAUUUGAUUUUUAGCACUCACAGUGAGGAGGGUGCUGACUCAGGUGUUGAUACAUAUUUUGGUCUUUGCACCUAUCCUGGAAGAGAGCUGCGUCAUCGAAUAGAUUUAAAGGUAUUUCCCCGGGAGAUAUAUGCAUUUGGACUGAUAGCUUGGACUGGGAAUGACGUCUUAAACAGGAGGUUGAGGUUGCUGGCAGAGUCUAAGGGAUUUAGACUCGAUGACACUGGACUCUUUCCUGCAACUCAUGGUUCAGGCGGAAAAUGGGGUUCAAAGGGAAGCACAAGCAUAAAGCUGUAUACAGAGAGGGAGGUUUUUGAUUUCCUGGGUUUCCCUUGGCUGGAACCUCAUGAAAGAAACUUAUAAGUUAGAUGGUCGUUCUUCGGCUGUAUAUAUAUAUAUAUAUAUAUAGGAUGCCGAGGCCGAAAGGAUUGAGAGGGAGAGGUGUAAAUAGAAGGAUUGACAUGAAAACUUUGCUUAGUUGUACAGCCAAGGAGUGAUUACUGGAUUUCAUGUCAAUCCGAAAUUUCCCUGAUUUCUUGCUCUCAAGUCGUAAAUAAAAGUUUUGGAUGGACUGGAAUGAAACUAUAA